CCCGGUGCAUCAGCUGUUAUGCCACCUGCCCGGCCCGCGAGGGGCUGUUACCGUGCCGAUCGACGCAGAUUGGUGUAGCGCGAGCGGCCGUCGCAUAUAUAGAGGACGAGGAGACAUAGGGGCGGUCAAGCUGGCGCUCGAGCUUCCGAUAGUACACAUAGGCCUCCGAGAUGAGCUAUGAAGGGGAACUCGGGCUCCGCACUGGCCGCCUUACUAUCCGUAUGCCUACUGGCGCUCCACCAGCUCGGAUGCCCCGGUGUACGCGCUCUGCCGCCCACCAUCAAAAUUGGUGCCAUUUUCACUCAUGACCAAAAUAGCAGCACUGAGCUGGCCUUCAAGUACGCCGUACACAAGAUAAACAAAGACAAAAGUAUACUGCCAAACACAACUUUGAUUUACGACAUCCAAUACGUGCCUAAGGACGAUUCGUUUCAUGCGUCCAAAAAAGCCUGCCAGCAGGUGAAACUCGGCGUACAGGCCAUAUUCGGUCCAUCGGAUCCAAUACUGGGCCAGCACAUUCACAGUAUAUGCGACGCCCUGGACAUACCGCACCUGGAGGCCAGGCUGGACCUGGACUCCGAGGCCAAGGAGUUCAGCAUCAACUUGCACCCUGCACAAAGCCUUUUGAACGCCGCCUACCAGGACGUCAUGGCCUUCCUCAACUGGACCAAAGUCGCCAUCGUCUACGAGGAUGACUAUAGUUUAAUAAAGCUCCGAGAGCUCGCGAGGUCGCGCAAAUCACAGGACAUAGAGGUACACCUGAGACAAGUCGAUCCUAACUCGUACAGGCAGGUGCUGUCCGAGAUCAAAGCCAAGGAGAUACGCAACAUGAUCGUCGACACGAGGGCAGAGAACAUGCACCACUUUCUACGUGUGAUCCUCGAGCUGCAGAUGAACGACUACAACUACCAUUACCUGUUCACAACUUUCGACAUCGAAACGUUCGAUCUCGAGGACUUCAAGUACAACUUUGUUAACAUAACUGCCUUUCGACUGGUGGACGCGGACGACAUAGACGUGCGCGACGUACUCAGGGACAUGGAAAAAUACGGCGAGAACGGGAACAACUUGCUCAACAAAUCUCGCGUCAUACAGGCGGAGCCCGCGCUGAUGUACGACAGCGUCCAAGUAUUCGCGGUGGCUCUGCGAGCCCUGGAGCAGUCGCACUCCCUCAGGCCGAUGAACAUCUCUUGCGAGCUCGAGCAUCCCUGGGACGGAGGACUAUCUCUCAUCAACUACAUCAACUCGGUGGAGAUGAAGGGGCUGUCGGGGCCCAUCGAGUUCAAGGAGGGCCGGCGGAUACAGUUCAAGCUCGACCUGCUCAAGCUCAAGCAGCACUCCCUGGUCAAGGUGGGAGAGUGGCGGCCCGGCGUUGGGGUCAACGUGACGGACAGGCCGGCCUUUUUCGAGCCGGGUUCAACGAACGUCACCCUAGUGGUGAUCACCAUUUUGGAGCAGCCGUACGUGAUGCUGCGGGGCCGUGGCUCAGGGGGCGGCAGCGGCGUCGACAAUUUUAGCGGCAACGAGCGCUACCAGGGCUUCUGCAUCGACCUUCUUAAGGAGAUAGCCCACAUGGUCGGCUUCGCCUACAGGAUCGAGCUCGUGCCCGACGGCAAGUACGGCGUCUACGACUACGAGACCGGCGAGUGGAACGGCAUCGUACGACAACUCAUGGACAAGAAGGCAGAUCUGGCAGUCGGAUCGAUGACCAUAAACUACGCUCGGGAGAGCGUCAUCGAUUUCACAAAACCAUUCAUGAACCUUGGCAUAUCGAUCCUAUUCAAGGUGCCGACGAGUCAUCAGGCGCGGCUCUUCUCCUUCAUGAACCCGUUGGCGAUCGAGAUCUGGCUGUACGUGCUCGCGGCGUACAUCCUCGUCUCGGUGACGAUGUUCGUAGUCGCGCGUUUCAGCCCGUACGAGUGGAACGAGCCCCAGUACCCGUGUCACACUGGUGCCGAGGUCGUCGAGAAUCAGUUCUCGUUGGCCAACAGCUUCUGGUUCACCAUCGGCACCCUCAUGCAGCAGGGCAGUGAUCUCAAUCCCAGGGCCGCGAGCACGAGGAUAGUCAGUGGGAUCUGGUGGUUCUUCACCCUGAUCAUCAUCUCGUCGUACACGGCCAAUCUGGCGGCCUUCCUAACGGUCGAGCGCAUGAUCACGCCGAUCGAGAACGCCGAGGAUCUCGCCAGCCAGACCGACAUAUCUUACGGCACCCUCGAGAGCGGCAGCACAAUGACCUUCUUCAGGGAUUCGAUGAUCGAGACGUACAAAAAGAUGUGGCGCUUCAUGGAGAACAAGAAACCAUCGGUGUUCGUGCCAACCUACGAGGAGGGCAUCCAGAAGGUCCUCCAGGGCAACUACGCCUUUCUCAUGGAAUCGACAAUGCUCGACUACAUUGUGCAGAGAGACUGCAACUUGACGCAGGUUGGAGGUCUCCUCGACAGCAAGGGCUACGGCAUAGCGACGCCCAUGGGCUCGCCGUGGAGGGAUAAGAUUUCGCUGGCCAUCCUCGAGCUCCAGGAGAAGGGAGAAAUCCAAAUACUGUACAACAAGUGGUGGAAGAGCCCGAGCGACACGUGCAUGAGGAACGAGAAGGGCAAGGAGAGCAAAGCCAAUGCCCUCGGGGUCGACAAUAUUGGUGGUAUAUUCGUUGUUUUGCUGUGUGGACUGGUGUUUGCGGUACUCAUUGCUAUCUUCGAAUUUUGCUACAACUCCAAGAGAAGCGCACCGGCUGAAAGCGAGGAUAGACCGCCGCUGCCACCACCGCCAACCUGUUCUGCCUCCGUACAAGGAGUUUCGCAGACCCGAAACCACGAGGAGUCAUUGUGCUCGGAAAUGGCGCGCGAGCUGUGCCGCGCUCUGCACUGCCGCAGCUCGUCGCGCCGAUCCGACAAUCCGAUGCCGACGCUCAUUAACGGAUCGCAAUGCGGUGCUCCGGGACUGGAAAUGUCACCUCGCGAUCGCCUAUGACGACAAUAAGCAGGGGACUAUACAAACUAGUGCGGCUACUUAAUCGUUUUUCCAUAGUCGAUCGUUAAUGGCUCAACUGAUGUACAAAAAGAGAUAACGAUUUUUCCCGUUCGUUUUACGUCCGAAUAGGUAUUAUCAACAACGACGAGGCACAUAAAGUAAAUGAAGGAGCUUUUUUUUUCAUCGGGAUGAAACAAAUUUGAUUGUCCCGAUGUUGUAAAUACAAGUGUUUGACUGUAGAAAGAGAAUAUUGUGUAUCAAGUUGAUUAAAUAGUGUUAAAUAUUUAUUGUUAUUUAUGUAAGUGCCAAUUGUCAAAAUUGAUAAUGACCAUUUUGAGCUCAGCCAAGUUAGUUAAGUAACUUUACCAACAGUUGUCAAACUAGCUGUCGUCACUUGUAGUGUAACGUGUGUGGCUAAGUUAGAAUUUUUCUUUCUUUCGUGUGGAAAGAAAGGGCUCUCGGAAAUAAAGACAGCGUUU